CCCUGAAGUGCCUGACGAACCUCGCCGUGCUAAUAUCGAGGUCCCGUUACUCCCAUAGUAGGCUUCGAUCAGGUCGCCAUUCCUCCUGCGAAUAAUCAUAACUCUCUUCGAAAUCCACGAAUUAGAAGCCAUGGGUCCGGCGCAGGCGCACGUGUUGAGUCUCCACGUGGGAUCCGCUCCCGUGUCGGCCACGCUCCAUCCGUCCGUGCUCUUCAGCAUCUGCGACUCGUUCAUUCGCCGCAACGAGGACACGCAGCGCGUCAUCGGGUCGCUCCUAGGCGUCGUGCAUCCCGAUGGCACUGUAGACAUCCGUAACGCGUACGCCGUCCCUCAUAACGAGAUCAGCGACACGGUGGCGCUGGACAUCGAGUACCAUCGCACCAUGGCGGAGCUGAGCCAGCGGGUCAACCCCAAGGAGACCAUCGUCGGAUGGUACUCCACGGGCUCGGGUGUGAGUGCGUUCGACGUGCUUAUACACGACUUCUACACUAAGGAGGCCGGCCACCCCAUCCACCUCACCAUCGACACCACUUUCCAGUCCCUCAAUGCUGCUGCUGACGGUCAAUCAGGGGCCGCCACGUCAGCGGUGCGUGCGUACGUGUCGACGCCGCUGUUCAUUGGCGAGAAGCAGCUGGCGGCGGCGUUCCAGGAGAUUGAGGUGGACAUGCGUAUGGCGGACGCGGAGAAGAUCGGAUUCGACAACCUGCGGCGCACAAGUGUGGAGCGCCUGCCAGCGGACAUGGAGGGGCUCGAGGCCACCAUGGGGCGGCUGCAGGGGAUGGUGGAUGGCGCUCUGGCGUAUGCAAACGACGUGGUGGACGGCAAGAGGGAGCCGGACAACGAGGUGGGCAGGGCGCUGUGGGACGCAGUGGCAGCCGUGCCCAGGAUAAGCACCGAGGCGUUCGACCGUCUCUUCAACAACAGUGUGCAGGACGUGCUCCUGGUGCUAUACCUGGCCAACCUCACUCGCACGCAGCUCGCGCUAGCAGACAAGCUCAACACCGCAGCGCAACAACUGUAGCUGGCCGGCCCCAUAUGUUGCUACUAGCGGUAGUAUGUCUCUCAAAGCUGACUAGCAAGAGGAUCGAGACGUCUCGUAAUGCGAUAUUACAUUACGGUAUGUUACUCUCUCAAAGUUGGCUAGCAACAAGCUCAGCGCCGCAGAGUAACAGAUGAUAAUGAUUCUGUCUUGCAGCAAUGCAUAGCAAAAUGGAAUAUCCAGCAUGUUUGCUUAUUAGGUACCAGUAUCAUGGAAUGAACACAUUUGUCAGAGUUGUAAUUGCAACUCCCUU